AUGGUCGAAGGCGGUUGCGUGUGCGGGGCGGUCCGCAUCAGGACCACUGGCGAGGUCUCGGGCAAGACUACCGGCUCCGUGUUUUCCACCAACAUGAUCGUUGCCGGCGACGGCUUCUCGUUGACCAAAGGCAAGCCCAAGGAGUUCAAGACGACGGCCAAGAGCGGCAAGACGGUCACGUCAUUCUUCUGUGGGGACUGUGGCACGACUAUCUGGCGCGAGACGGAGACUUAUGGCACAAACAAGAUUAUCAAGGUCGGCACGUUGGACGGCGACGCUCUGGAGGACGCGAAGCCCCUGAUUGAGCUGUUUGUGGAGAACCGGCCGCCUUGGUUGUCAGCCGUCGCCGGUGUUGAGCAAAAAUGA